AUGGCCCAACCCUCGCUCGCCGCCCGAACCAACGAUGCCUCACGGGCUAGUCCCAGCUUCGCCAACACGAAUGGCAUCGCAGGAAUGAAGAGAAAGAGAACACCGGAACGCAAGUUCUACGCCGUCAAAGAGGGGAAGAAUCCGGGCAUCUACGACACAUGGCCGGAAUGUCUCAGUCAAGUCAAAGGACACAAGGGCGCCCAAUACAAGGCUUUUCAAUCCCUUCAGGAAGCUCAGGCUUUCGUGGACGGGCGACUCCCUGCGAAGACGACUCCCGGGAACCCGAAAUACUAUGCCGUCCAAAAUGGAAGAGUCCCGGGUGUCUACACGGACUGGCCACAAGCUCAGUCGCAGAUCAGAGGUGUCUCCAAACCAAAGUACAAGAAGUUUGACACUCGAGCGGAGGCGGAAGCCUUUGUCGCCGCGGGAAAGAAAGCCAGCACCUCGAAAUCGGCACAGAACCUCAACCCCGAUGAGGAAAUUCGGCGCCUGAUUGUUCAGAAAUCGGCGCCCGGAUUGCAGCUGAAUGGCACGUAUGCGCCGACUGACAAAGAUGGCAAUCCCUACGAUAUCGGUCGGAGACCUCUCCCUCCUGGUGCGGAAGAUGGCUACGACCCAAACAUCAAGCUGGCCCCCGAUGGCUCGCUCGUUGAUCGCACAGAUGAGGAGAAGAAUCGGACCAAGAAGGUGAUGAGGGAAAAGGAGCGUCCAGGCAUGCUACGGAUCUACACCGAUGGCUCCAGUCUGCGGAACGGUCAGGCCGGAGCGAGAGCCGGCGUCGGAGUGUAUUUCGGACCACAAGACCCAAAGUAUGAUGACCUUCCGCUAUCCACAUCCAGAUUGACCCCCAAACAUCCUCGUUCCCUGCCCUCCAAACCUCAUCUUGUGUAUACCAUCGACUGGGCGCAGAGACAGAGAAGCCCAGACCCCGACCAGGUUAUGCCGAACAAGAAACGACGAAGAGGAGCCCGUGGCGAAGCAGAGAAAGACAAGCUAACGAAUUGGCGUUCUAGAAAUAUCUCCGAGGCGCUGAAGGGCAGCAAGCAGACCAACCAGCGGGCUGAAUUGACCGCCAUACUCCGAGCACUGGAUAUUGCGCCUCGACAUCGCGACGUCACUAUCUACACGGACAGCAAGUAUUCCAUUGACUGUGUGACCAAUUGGUAUCGGAAUUGGCAGAGGAACGACUGGACCAACGCCAAGGGGAAACCGGUCGAGAACAAAGACCUUGUGGUGGACAUACGCGACCGAAUCGAGGAGAGGGACGAGCUCAAGAAGCAAACACUCUUCGUCUGGGUCAAGGGCCAUCAAGACAACGCCGGCAACAUUGCGGCCGACAAGUUGGCCGUGGAGGGUGCGGCUAUGGGCCGAGGCAUCAAAGGAGCAGAAGUUGAUGAUGAAGCUACGGCCGGCAAAAAUCAUGCAGGUCACAGAGCGGGCAACACCGCUGGCGUUGGUGGCGAGGAAGAUGACGAGACGAAGGCGGCAUUUGAAGCCAUGGAGCGUGCCAUGGAUGAGGAUGGCGAUGACGAGUUCAAAUGA